CUGGUCUGCUCCCCAAGACCCGAGGCCCCUGCCACUACGGUACCGCUCACGCAUCACCACCACUGUACGAACUCGGUGCGCAAUUGUGUGCCGCUAGGGGCGACGCAGGGGCUGCACGGCGGGCCUGUCAAACUGUCACCGCUUGGACGGCUGAGUCAAGGCUCCCCAGGCACGCUACAAGAGAUGAGCGUUGACCGUCGGUUACGAGGUAACAUGUGAAUUCGCAACUUGCGCCACUGACUGCCUGCUCUCGUGCCGCCUGCAAGCCCACUCCGCCUUCCGCUCUGGCCUACGUACGCGAUUGUUCCGCAAUGCACGUCAAUAAUAUGAGGGAACGCCGGAGCGUGCGGUGCAGCGCAAAGUCCCAUCAGGAAGGAUACCGGACACAUCAACAGACCCAGCAACCAACGCCUAUGCGCGGCACCAGGAAGGCACGUUGUGAGUUGCAGUCAAAGUCUCAAAGCUUGGACGGCUGGCGCUCAGGCUUGGCCACGCACGUGGUGACGUGGGGCGUGUCGGCGGAAGGCGCACGGCGGACAGGGCAGACGGCGGCGGCCUCGGGCGCAAACGCGGCUGAGAUGCAAUUGAUUGGCCAGGACCAGCGCACAGCCCAAGUUGACGGCCUCAAGCAUGGGCAAUACGAUUGCGGGUAGGGCGUGGGCAAAUGCCGCAGACGCAGCAGCAAGCGCUGCCGCCCCGUUGCGUUUGUUUCACGGGCGAGCCUGGCCCGGUGCUGCGCAGCGUUGUGAGCAUGUGGUGGCCGGGGUGGGGUUUGGGUGGGUUUGGGCACGAGUUAGCUUGCGUCGUGAAACUUUUCGCAGCACGCGCUGCCGCCCGUGGUUGCGGGGGCGAUGGUGGGGCCCGGCCCGGCGUCGCCGGAGGGUGCGCGGCGUGUGUCCGUGGGGUGGGCGGGGUCGAAUGGGGGUAUGGAGCGGAAUUAGCUUGGAGUCCGGCCCGGCGUCGCCGGAGGGUGCGCGGCGUGUGUCCGUGGGGUGGGCGGGGACGGUGGUGGACAGGUCGAUUGAGCGGAAUUAGCUCAGUUGGGAGAGCGUUAGACUGAAGAUCUAAAGGUCGCUAGUUCGAUCCUGGCAUUUCGCACGCUGAUAUAGCGUCCCGAGACCAGCCCUGAGAGGGGACUGAACUACCCGGACACCGGGGAAGAGUUUUGGCCCCAAGGGAACCUCGGGCUCGCGAGCGGUGACACAGCUAUGGUGCGGCCAGGGUGCGAUUGCUGCCGGAGAGCGUGACAGGCCAGGAAAGGAGCGGUACAGGAGGAAGGCGGACAUAAUGAACACCAAGGAACAUGAGGAGUGCCAACGGUAAUGCAUCAGGCCAGGCGAGAGGGAAGUAGGCAUGGUGAGCAUCAUCUGAAGCACAGGCAUAGAGGAGUACACACAAAUGGGACUCGCAUGCUUGACCUGGCUGUUCCACAGCAUACGGGCAUGCAUGUCAGAUUACUUUGCCCCGCAAUGUGCCGUGGGGUGUUGAUCUCGGCUACAAAAGCGCUAGUAUAGGUGCCCGGAGCGCUUCACGCGACUCAGGAAUCAUGUCUGGCAUCAUUGCCAUCCGGCUGUUGAGCCUCAACUCUCUCCCGGCAAGCUGCAGAAGCAUACAUGUCACUGCUAUAGAAUUAUGCGUUUGCUAUGUGGAUAGGCGUUGGCGGCGGCGGGGCCGAGGCGCCGAGCUUUGGUGAGGGCAUCCGCGAGCUCCAACUGUUAGUGCAUUCGAUAAAGGCACUAUCAAAAGAGUCGCAGGAGCCUGAUUCGCAGUAUACCGCGGGCCGCGGCUGCAGCAGCGCCGUUUUGGAACUUACGUGGAUCUCAAGUCUGCAGGUUGACCCAUUCUGUGCCUUAGCCAUUGCAAUGCAGUAUAGGCACAUGUGAUAUCAUGUAUGAAGAUGAAAGGAUACAUGUUGGAGUUUCCCUGGCUUGCCGCCCAGGCGGCGCCCUGCUCGCACCUGGCGCAGCCUAUGAGUUGCUCACUUACUUGAUCUGGAGUCAAAUGAGCAUUCUGCGGCCUGCGCGACGGUCGCCGACCGCCGGGAUGCCUAUGAUGCCAGACAUGAUUCCUGACCGCGCGCGGUCGCGUGAAGCGCUCCGGGCACCUAUACUGCUUUUGUAGCCGAGAUCAACACUCCGCGGUGCAGUGCGGGGCAAAGUAAUCUGACAUGAAUGCCCGUAUGCUGUCGAACAGCCAGGUCAAGCAUGCGUGUCCCAUUUGUGUGUACUCUUCUAUGCCUGUGCUUCAGGUGAUGCUUACCAUGCCUACUUCCCUCU